AUGACAUCAUUUAGCAUUGAGUUCGUUCCGCGAUCGUACGAGGAGGAGGAGCUUUACCGUGGUGCCAAAGGCUUUGGGGUUCCGUAUUGCUCAGUUCGCGCCAUUGCCCGUUCAGGCCAUAAGAAAUGGCACAUCAAGAUAUCAUUUAGGCACAGGAUACCCAGCCAAAUUAUGAAAAAAAAGCUAGAAAGGCGUCUUGAGUUCGAAGCUUUCAUUUCCCAUAUCGAUUUUCAUUCCCUUCCUCCCCUUAUCGACGACACUGUUACGGAGGUCGAGUUGACCUCAAUAACACAACCGAUCCCCCCAGAUUUCCAGUCAGGGCCGCUUCCAUUAAAGCAAAAACUUACCCCUUCUCUUACACUGAGAAACAGAUUCGAUGAGGUUUCCAACAAGCUUAGAUAUACAAUACGGGAAGAUGUCUCCCGAGUGAUAUACCCCCAGGUCGAAGAUUUGUCAGUGCCGACGAGAUGGCUAUCUGAUAUCAAGCUGAAGGAAGGACUCCCUAGUGCGGUUCCCUGGAUUUCUCUGGCUAAACUUGACGAAAACGGGAGAUGGUACAUCUACAAAGAGAUCGAGAGGCCUUUUUACAGCCCGAGGGAUAGUGAUGUCAUGCAGCAAGAGUUACGCAAUCUUAUGCAGUUCCGGCAUGUACCCAACAUAGUGCAGUUGGUUGCCGUUGUCGUCUCCAGAAAUCCCUACCUGACUACGACUCCAGUUAACGACAAACCUGUCAUGCGAGGAAUACUACUAGAGUACUAUUCGGGUGGAACAUUGGAGCUUAUACUAAAAGAGUCGGAUGGGAAAAAUCUUCCCUGGCGCAGAUGGGCCCUCCAGAUUGCUGAUGGCCUCAACCAGUUACAUCUGAGAGGUAUCACACAUAUGGAUCUUAAGCCCUCCAACAUCAUGAUCGAUAAUGAAGGUAAUGCCGUUCUAAUCGAUAUAAGUGGCAUUGGCGGAGUAACCCAUGAAUGGCUCGCGCCGGAACUUCAAGAUAUCCUGGAUCCCCUCUCUCUGCCGUUUGGAACACGCCAGAGAAACGGCAUCUGGGCCUAUGGUAAACAUAUACAGGAAAUGGCAGCGCUUAGUGGCAAUAUAGAAGAGAGAGAGCUGCUAGAAGGUGUUGCAUAUGCCUCAGCGAUAGAUAAUCCUGCAUUACGGCUUAAUCUACCUUACAUCAUUACAAGUCUUAAGCGGCAGUACACGGAACUUUUCUCCAAACCACUAGCCUCUAACAAUUGA